UUGUACACAACGCUAAAGAAAAAAAGAAAAUUACAUACAAAGUAGUGUCAUGCCAGAUAAAAAUCGUUUUUAUUAUUAACAACUCUCAAAAUAUCUUUCAAAUUAUCUAAGCCAGUUAUUCCUUAAGGCGAGUGUUAAAAAUCCAACUUGAUCAAUAUAUCGUGUGUUUGGUGAAAUUUUUUCAAUCAAGAGGUAUCCAACCAAGCGACCAACGCAAACACGAACAGAAGGGGUUCAAUAGCAAAAAUGGCCACCAGCGAUAUCUCUAGCUCCAAUGAGCGCCACUACUAUGCAAAACUAGAAGCUAUUAAGGAUAUAAGGGAUAAAACAAUAGCACUGGAAAAAUUAAAAGUGAAAAUAAUCAAAGAAGUAAAAAUAAGCGACGAUGAAGAAAAAUGUCUCGAUGAAUACCGGAAGGAAAUGGAACAUUUGCUGGAGGAAAAAAUGUCACACGUCGAGGAGCUGCGACAAAUACAUGCUGAUAUAAAUGACAUGGAAAAUAUAAUAAAGCAAACUAAGGAGAAUCAAACGCGUUCCGUUGACAUGGCUAAUCGAGUCUAUGAAGAAUAUCUAGCGCUUAAGUAUCAAAUCGAUCAUAUGCGUCGUGACUAUUUAGGCCUUAGUCCACUACGCGAUUUACAUGAAGAGGAAGGUAGCCCCAUUUCAAAAGACCGCUUCCAAACUAACUUUUUGAAGGUGAGCGCUGCUGCUGCUGCCGCUGCCGUAGUCGCUGCACAGCCCACAUCCUUGGCACGUCCUCAUCCCCGACAUCCACUUAUCCCGGAAGCUACGGUGACUGCGUUGGCGCCUACUGGAGGUGGUAGUGGACCAACUGGUGGGCAUGCUUUUAUGCCACCUGCACCUCCUGGAACUGGAACCGCAGCAGCUGCUGCAGCCGCAGUGCGUUUGGGUAAGAGUGACUUUUCCGCACCGCCACCGCCACCCCCACCAACAUCUCGCUUGCAGCAAACACCUUCAAUUGGUAUUGGACAUCAUCCAUCAUUCCGUUCGGAUUUCAAUGUAAAUUUACGUCAACAACCGCCACCAAUGAAAUCAUGUCUUUCGUGUCAUCAGCAAAUUCAUCGUAAUGCUCCAAUUUGCCCAUUAUGCAAGGCAAAAUCUCGCUCACGUAACCCUAAGAAGCCAAAGAAAAAAAAUAAUUAGACGCUCAAUAUUUAAGUCCAUUGACAGAAGAAAGAGCUGCUCUAAUGCCUGUAGGUUAAUAAAAUGAUUGUAUAUCAAGCAAAAUUAGUUAGUGCUCUCGAUCACAAUCAAAAAGGGAACAUAUGAGUGUAAAUAUUUAUUUUGAAAUAUCCUCCCCUUGAACAAAAAAGUUAAUAAAAAAAUAAUUAUGUAUGUUAAAAUACGUAAAUUUUUAAAUUCGCGCAGCAGAUAUGAUUAUUUCUUCUAGCCUCGAUAGGCUUUCAUAGAAUUCUUCGUCCAACUCGUGGAUCGCGAGUGCAGUAAGGCCAUAACGACGAGAUUGAAUCGAUAUUCGAUGCUCCAAGAUUUUAUAUAACUAUAAGCCCAGUUAUAGCUCUUUAACUUAUUUAAGAUGAUUAGUUUUAAACGCUGCUUGGCAUUUGCAUUUUUUACACAUAAGUAAACAUAAUAACGUACGAUAUUUAGCUCAUAAUUCUUAUUCUAACAAGCAUUAAUGUUAAGGCAAAUGUUGCAAUUAACCAUUUUUUAACACUUUCUUUAUAUUAUAUUAUUUUGACUGAAGCAUGAAAUAAGCGCAUCGAAACCGCAAAUAAAUAAAUAUGAAUUUUCAAAAGGCAAAUAAUAAAUUUUUAACACUUACUGUAUAAUUACUCCAGGCUUAAACAUAUUGUCACAAACUUAAGAGCAACUUUCCAAAUGGAAAACGUGUACAGACGAUUAGCCCAGUUUUAAAAAAGUUGUUUAUUUUGGAUUUUUAGAGCUCUGUUAGACAUAAUUUUACGUAACUUAAGCCAACCUACCAUACCAGCAUUACGUUUUAGUGUUAGUUUAACUUAGAAAACAUAGAAAGCUUUUUUUACAUUUUGAAUAAGAUUCCUCCUAAUAUACCAUACGAAAUUGAUUUGAUUGAUCGUCCAAAUAUAAAAUAUAUGCGAACACGUCAAAGCGAAAAUAAAAACAAAGCAAAGCAAAAGAUUGUAGACACAGACGAUGGAAAAUAUCGGUAAUACAAUCAUGAUGACGUGAUGAGUAACAUCAUAAUUUUUAUGAAAAGUGGGUAAAAUGUUAGUCUAGGCUAACGGAGUUCCUAAGUUACGUAAUUUGAGCGGUGCGGCAACCAUGAUAUGAUAUGAUUAAUUUAUUUUUAAUCCAAUAAAGCUUCAAAAAUUUGUAAGAGA